GGCGGCAAGUGCCAAAAGUUUGUUCAAUAAGAAGUAGCCAAAGUUAAAUUGGUAUCGGAUCUGUAGACCCCAAAAACAACACGACGCGUUUAAAUAUUUGUUAAAUUUCCAAAAAUGUGCGAACAAUAUUGCGAUGAGUUUGAGACCUUCAAUCCUCAGAUUGAGUUUGCCAAGUUCCAGAAACGCAAGCCGGUGGUGAGGACAGCCAAGCUCUAUGAGAAUCUGCACAAGCGGGAGGAUAUCAAGUGUCCCUAUGCCUUCAAGGGCUAUGGCGUGGAGACGGACUCCAAUACCAUGUACCGCACCUGCAACUCGGAGUACGGUUACUAUGCACCCAAUGCAUAUACCAUACCCAAACGCUACUAUCCGCUGCCCCAGACUUUCUCCAACGAAGUGGCCCGCUUCGGCAUGUAUCGCAAUUUCUCCCUCAACACCCACAUCGAUCGCACUUUCUAUUGAGCCCAUGGAAUCUUCAUGGUUUACACUCAAUUUUAUGGGUUUCUAUGCAAUUUUCAAAUUUUUUGCUGGUCAACAAGUGAAAUAUUCUCUUCCAAAACUUCGCCCAACACAAAAAGCAGCUGCAAAAACAAAUUAAUGAAUAAAAAUUAAAAACACUUAAAAAAUUCAAAAA